AAGAAAUGUCAUAUGUUGAAAAACAAGUCAAAAUUCGUGUCAUAUGGGUUUAUUAGUUAUUCAAAAAUGGACGCACUAUUCAUUACAACUAGAGAUAAUUUGAAAACAGAGAUUGAAGAAAUCAAAGAGAUCAAAGAGAAAAUCGUUCAAGAGAAAAUUACUUUGAACGAACUUAUGACGAAAUGGAACAACGCUCUCGCGAGUAGGAGAUAUCCACUUAAGCAGGAAAGGACCAUUUUCAGGACGACAGCUCAGGCCAGGAUGCUCUGCCGUAACCACAUCCGUGACAUUGAAUCGGCUAUUGAAAUUUUCCUGUCCGCACCGACCACGAAGGCCUACGAUUCAAUCAUAUACGACUGGGGAUUCAUUUUAAAACAGCUGAAAAUCACGCAAGUCAAUUUCUCUCGGUUGAAAGAAGAACCAGAAGAAGAAGACACGAAUACAAAGACGCUGCCGGAAUCUCUUUGGUGGCAGAAAGUCACCUCUGAACGUAAGAAGAGGAACGAAGAGAAGAAAAAAUGGCUCAAUCGUCACGAACUGCCGCCAGACAUCGCCGAUUCUUUGACCUCGUCCGACGAUUUCAGCUCGGGCAUCGAGUCCGACGAACUCCCGGAACUACCACCACGGCCUGCUUAUUUGAGUAAUUAUAAAUAAAAAAAUUAACCAGGGA